GACUUGACCAUUAGGAUGCCAAUAUAACUGGAGGGAUCAAAAGAAUGUCAUCUCAAUUAUUCAGAUAUAUAGAGGAAGAAAAGGAUUUUGCAGCUACUUUGUAAAUAUGGAGUGAGAAUGGCACUGUCUAUUAAAGAUUUUUUGGCUGGUUGGGGAGCUGGUGUGUGUGGAUUAUUAGUGGGCCAUCCUGCUGACACUGUGAAGGUGAGACAACAAGUUUCAAGAAGAGCAGAUAUAUUUAAAAUUUUAAUUAAAACAGUGAAGCAUGAAGGAGUUCUAGGCCUCUACCGAGGAAUGUCAUUUCCUCUUUUACUGGCAGGUGUACAAAAUUCCGUGUUUUUUGGUGUGUAUGGAAACACCUUAAGAAUUCUACAAAAUGUUCAAGGUGCAGAUAUGAACAGAAAAUCAUGUGGUGAAGGAGUUACACCCAAUAAAUACUGGCACAUCAAUGUUUAUGUUGCUGGUUUCACAGCAGGUUUUAUUCAUGCAUUUUUGGCAUGCCCUGUAGAUCUCAUAAAAAUUAAAAUUCAAACAAAGCAUGUUCUUGAUAAAAAUUCCUCCUACCGAGUCAAGGAGUGCAUCAAAAAUAUUUCUAAACAUUCAGGAAUACUUGGUUUCUAUCAGGGAUUUCUUGCUACACUUGUCAGAGAUGUACCAAUAAGUGGUGCUUAUGUUUUGCUGUAUGAACAUCUUUUAAAUAUUGGCCGUGAUUCAAAGGACAGAAAUAGUGAGUAUUCUGUAAUAAGCCAACUUAUUUCAGGAGGAUUAGCAGGUACCAUCACUUGGGUUGCUGUGACACCUUUAGAUGUAUUGAAAUCACGAAUUCAGGCAGAUGAUAUUGCUAAUCGGAAAUAUAAAGGAAUGCUCGACUGUGUCAUUAAAAGUUACAAAGAAAAUGGCUUACAUGUGUUUGGAAGAGGAUUUUGGAUGCACAUUAUAAGAGGAUUUCCUGUUAAUGCAGCAACAUUCGUUGGAUAUGAGUGGUGUUUAAAAAUGUACACAAUAUUAGAAUAA